UUGAGAAGCGGGAUUUCAUGCCGGUGGAUCGUUCUGUGUACUAUACAAAACCUUAAAAAUGGAUUUAGUACCUUUCCCUAAGCCGGAACCAGAGAUCAAAUCGGAGGAAGAAAUUUUGGAUGAAGUAAAACCAGAACUAGAAUCGGAGGAGGAACUUCCGGAUGAACUCAAAUCAGAACUCGAGUCUGAAGAAGAACUUCCCGAUGACCUUAAAUCAGAAAUCGAAUCGGAGGAAGAGGUUCUGGAUGAACUUUUAAAAGAGGAUGAAAUUAAGAGUGCCCCACAAGAUUCUGUAGGCAUCGACCAGGAAGCAGAGUGUGCGACUGUUUUGAUAUCGGCGGAUGGGAAGUGUGUCAUAGUCUGCCAAGCUUGUAAUGGUUUCUUCGAUGAUAUAGAUCCAUUUCGCAGUCAUGUGAAGAAGGUUCAUUCUGAUUAUGUCGUACGAGGAAAUGCCUGGGGGAAAGUUAUUAAAGAGGAACCUACUGUGGACAAAACGAUUGAUAUGACAGCUCUUCCAACGUUAUCCAACGAUAAAAGCAUUGAAAUUCUCGACGAUGGUAGCAAUCACACAGAAGAGCGGCUGUUUCCCGAGGAUUCAGAUUCCAGUAGUGACUCUGCCGAAGCCAGCCUAAAUAAGAACCGACGAGCUUCACGAAGAUUGAACAAGAAACCACAACCUGCAACGAAAAAGCAACAGCCAGCAAAGAGGGCAGCCACAAGUACGAAACAGAGACAAGUCAAAAGAAAGAAAUAAACAUCAGCGAUAUUUGCGGUUAAACUUGAGUUCGACGAGGGAUGAAACUGUCUGUUGAAAGGACUCGAAGAAGUUGAAUCAAAGUGGUGUUUUCGGAUAUCAUUUUACUUUAGGGCGAAAAGAAAAUAGAGCAAACGUUUCAGUAUACCUUAAAUAUCCACUUUGAUAAUAAUAAACUCUGGCCCCUACUUCAAAGAAACGAUACCGCAAUCCCUUUAGUGAAUGUCAGCCAAUAAGAUAAUUGUAAAAAUUGUGGAAACACAUGAAAUAGUAACUUUGAAUUGAGACGUUAUAUCAUCGAUAAUUCUAUGAAAAAUGAUAUAGGAAUGUUUCCCUGUUAAUAACCGGAGUAAAAUAUGUAUAUAAAUUGCGAUGAGCAAAUCGUUCAAGAAAGCAUAAUUGUAUGGUGAUAAGUUACAAUAUACUUUCAUUCUCACAAUAAUUCUGUUAGAUCUAAGGACAAUUUUU